UCAAACAGGACGAUUACGGCGGAUAGUCCAAAGGAUGCUGGCUCUCUAGCGGUCUAGGGAAAUCGGAAACUCGGAAAAUCGGAAGACGGACUUUAACGAACUUCAGAGCGGAUCGGGCCAAAAAACCGAAUUCGAGGAGAGUGAUAAAAGAAACCGCAGGGCAAAAAUAGAAUAAGAAAAAAACCGAACCGGAGUCGCGCGCAUUAAGUGAUAAUAAAGUAGCGGCAAUCAUUUUUAAAAUUGUGUGCCAGCAGCUUAUGCAAAUGUAAAAGUCGUUUAAGAGCCAAUUCCCAAAUAUUCCUCAAGUUUCGCCCGAAAGAAAAAGCUAAGCAAGAAAAGCCGCAAUUUAAGUGUGCUGUGUGUGACCAAACAACUUACAAGCCACCAACAAAAAGAAAGUAAAGGAAGAAAAAAUAAAUCCGAAGGACUGGAAGGAAUUCUAAGCCGCAAAUGAACAGCGACAAAUGCCCAGCCCUCUUUUUUGCAGCACAAAUUAUGCAAAUGCUGCGCUAAGAGCGGCAAAAUGCUCGCAAUGCCAGCGACGACAAGCGAACGCCACAACAACUACAACUGCGGAAAAUAAGUGGAAAAGCGGAAUUAGCAGCAACAACAAGUGUAGUCCUGCUCCGCAGGAAUAGGAUACAGCAAGGAUAUAGCAAUAGCAACAAGGCAGCAUCGGCAGCAUCAGCAGCAGUAUCAACGGGCUGCAAAAUGCGCUUUGGCUUAAGGUUGAGCUGCCUUUGGCCAAGCUUUUUAUUAUGGCUAACAUGGAGCAGCGGGGGCAACGGGGACGGCAGCGGGGGAGUUAGCGCACAGCCAUCAUUAACCGAGAAAAUCCCAUUAGGUGCCAUUUUCGAGCAAGGAACCGACGAGGUGCAGUCGGCCUUCAAGUAUGCGAUGCUCAAUCACAACCUGAACGUCUCAUCCCGCCGAUUCGAGCUGCAGGCCUACGUGGACGUGAUCAACACGGCGGAUGCCUUCAAAUUGUCACGACUGAUUUGCAAUCAGUUCUCACGGGGCGUAUACUCGAUGCUGGGCGCCGUCUCGCCCGACUCCUUCGAUACACUGCACUCCUACUCAAACACCUUCCAGAUGCCCUUCGUGACGCCCUGGUUCCCCGAGAAGGUGCUUACGCCAUCGUCUGGCUUCCUCGACUUUGCCCUCAGCAUGCGCCCGGAUUAUCAUCAGGCCAUCAUUGAUACAAUACAGUUUUAUGGCUGGCGCAAAAUAAUUUAUCUCUACGAUUCCCACGAUGGUCUGCUGCGCCUCCAGCAAAUAUACCAGGGCCUGCGCCCCGGCAACGAGUCCUUCCAAGUGGAGCUGGUCAAGCGCAUCUCCAAUGUCAGCAUGGCCAUCGAGUUCCUGCAUACGCUGGAGCAGAUCGGGCGGUUCGAGAACAAGCACAUCGUCCUGGACUGCCCCACGGAAAUGGCCAAGCAAAUACUCAUCCAGCAUGUGCGCGAUUUGCGACUGGGCCGUCGCACCUACCACUAUUUGCUGAGUGGUCUGGUCAUGGACGAUCGCUGGGAGAGCGAGAUAAUCGAAUUCGGUGCCAUUAACAUCACGGGCUUUCGCAUCGUGGACACGAACCGGCGGCUGGUGCGGGAAUUCUACGACAGCUGGAAGCGCCUGGACCCCCAGAUGAGUGUGGGCGCUGGCCGUGAAUCGAUUUCGGCCCAGGCGGCGCUCAUGUACGAUGCGGUGUUCGUCCUGGUGGAGGCGUUCAACAAAAUCCUGCGCAAGAAGCCGGACCAGUUCCGGAACAACGUGCAGCGCCGCAGCCAGACGCUAAUGGUGGCCCAGGCGGCGGCCUCGACGUCCAGCGACGGCUACAACUACAAUGCCAGCGGUGGUGCCGGUGGUGGUGGUGGUGGUGGGGGCGGUGGAUUCCCCGGCAGCGAUUCCGGCGGAUCCGGUGGCAUGGCCUCGCGGGCCCUGGACUGCAAUACGGCCAAGGGCUGGGUGAAUGCCUGGGAGCACGGCGAUAAAAUAUCGCGUUAUUUGAGAAAGGUGGAAAUCGAGGGACUAACCGGGGACAUCAAAUUCAACGAUGACGGCAGACGCGUCAAUUACACGCUGCACGUCGUCGAGAUGACAGUAAACAGCGCCAUGGUCAAGGUGGCCGAGUGGAAUGACGAUGCCGGGCUGCAGCCCCUAAAUGCCAAGUACGUCCGACUGCGUCCGCACGUGGAGUUCGAGAAAAACCGGACCUACAUAGUAACCACCGUCCUGGAGGAGCCCUACAUCAUGCUGAAAAAGGAGGCGUAUAACGAGAAGCUGCACGGCAACGAGCGAUUCGAGGGUUACUGCAAGGACCUCGCCGAUCUGCUGGCCAAGGAACUGGGCAUUAACUAUGAGCUGCGCUUGGUCAAGGAUGGCAAUUACGGCUCCGAGAAAUCCAGCGCCCACGGGGGCUGGGACGGAAUGGUGGGGGAGCUGGUGCGCAAGGAAGCGGAUAUUGCGAUUGCCGCCAUGACGAUUACCGCCGAACGCGAACGUGUCAUCGACUUUAGCAAGCCGUUCAUGUCGCUGGGCAUCUCCAUCAUGAUUAAGAAGCCAGUGAAGCAGACGCCCGGCGUGUUCAGCUUCAUGAAUCCUUUAUCACAGGAAAUUUGGGUGAGCGUCAUCUUCAGCUACAUCGGCGUGAGCAUCGUGCUCUUCUUUGUGUCGCGCUUCUCACCACAUGAAUGGCGGCUCGUGCAACAGCCGCCGCAGCAAUCACAGUCGCCAGAUCCGCAUGCACAUCACGAACAGCUUGCCAAUCAGCAGCCGCCCGGCAUUAUCGGGGGUGCCCCGCUGCCCGCUCCGCCCGGCCCGCCGACUCCGGGCGCCCAGACGGCAGCCGGAGCAGCAGCCCUGCAGGCGGCCCUCUCCGCCGGAAGUCUCGGAGGAGCCGGCGGCUCCGGCUCGACGGCGGUGAACGAGUUCAGUGUGUGGAACGCCUUCUGGUUCUCGCUGGCCGCCUUCAUGCAGCAGGGGUGCGAUCUGUCGCCGAGGUCCGUGUCCGGACGAAUUGCAGCCGCCUCGUGGUUCUUCUUCACCCUCAUACUCAUCUCCUCGUACACGGCCAACCUGGCCGCCUUUCUCACCGUGGAGCGGAUGGUCACGCCGAUCAACUCGCCGGAGGACCUGGCCAUGCAGACGGAGGUGCAGUACGGCACUCUGCUGCACGGCUCCACCUGGGACUUCUUCCGGCGUUCCCAAAUCGGACUCCACAACAAGAUGUGGGAGUACAUGAACUCGCGCAAGCACGUCUUCGUGAAUACCUACGACGAGGGCAUCAAACGCGUGCGCACCUCCAAGGGCAAGUACGCCCUGCUGGUGGAGUCCCCCAAAAACGAGUAUGUGAACGCCCGCGAGCCCUGCGACACAAUGAAAGUGGGCCGCAAUCUGGAUACAAAGGGAUUUGGCAUCGCCACGCCGCUCGGUUCGGCGCUCAAGGACCCCAUCAAUCUGGCCGUGCUGACGCUGAAGGAGAACGGCGAGCUGAUCAAGUUGCGCAACAAAUGGUGGUACGACAAAACGGAGUGCAGCACCCACAAGGAGGGCGCCUCGCACAACGAGCUAUCGCUGAGCAAUGUGGCUGGGAUAUUCUACAUACUGAUUGGCGGCCUGCUUGUCAGCGUGUUCGUGGCCAUCCUGGAGUACUGUUUCCGGAGCAAGGACUCGCGCUCCACUUCCGGCGGAUCCGGCAUGGGAAUGGGCAUGGGCAUGGGCAUGGGGCUGGGCGGAGUGGGGGGCGGCAGUCUGGGCAAGGCCAACGGCUCCAUGAUGCUGGGCCCUUCGAGCGCCGUGCCCGGCGUGAUGCCGUCCACACAUCAAAGGAGCGCGCUGACGGACACCAUGCACGCCAAAGCGAAAUUGACCAUCCAAGCGAGUCGCGACUACGACAAUGGACGCGUCGGGUAUCUCAAUUGUGCCUCGUUGCAGUAUUACCCACCCGCCCAGCUCUCGGCCACGCCCCCCGACACCGGGGACGCCCUUCACAUGAACGCUCACGGGCAGGUCUGACAUGAGCACGCGCAGGAGUCGCGCCUCUGACGCACCCCCUGCGCCCCCACGAUCCGCCGGAUAAUGGCCAACAGUCGCCAGGAGACGGAGAAGAUGAUGGGUGGUGGUCACGGUGGUCACGGUGGUCACGGUGGCCACGGUGGCCACGGCGGCACCGUCACCGUAUCCGUACCGGCCACCUGCUCGGGCAGCAUGAACGGCAGCCACGAGGGCAGCCUCACCUUGUCGCCGGGCAGCGGGAGUGCCACCCUGAUGCGCCACUCGCCGGACAUCAACCAGCAUCCGUAUGGCAAGUAAGUGCUCGGAUGGGUUAGCUAUAAGGACACCUAGUUGUAAGUACCACUUGAAAAGCCGCCAAACAUCUGCAUUCACAUACACACGGACAUGAGCUCUAUAAAUGCUGCAUACUUUGAGGUGUUGGCAGGAAUUUUUUUCGUUAUUUCGCCAUUGCACCUUUAAACUUUCUCCGAAAUUAAGCAAAAUUAUUUUGAAAUGUUCUCAAUGAGCCCAUUGUCCCGCUUAUUCUCUAUUGAAAAACCUUUUUUAUAUUUCAUGAACAAUUACUUUUCAUGCCACGAUUUUAAAUUAAAUGGAUUGCAAAAGUGAAAAUUGUAGAAUAUGUCAUAAAAUUCUUGGCACACUUGAGAAGCGAUUGCUUGCGAUAUUAAAGGUUAUAAAUUUGCAAUAAGUGCACCAGAAUUUCAACAAUAAAUCUCGACGCUGAGCGAUGCAACAAAGUAUGCAGCUUUAUUUAUGUGGCCACAUUCAAAUAAUUGCGCUGCGCAAUCAGUUGGUAAAUUUUUUUAGUCUGUCAGCAAUGCAAUGCAAAUGAAUGGUAUAAAUUAUUGCAUUACUGUUAACAGUCAGCUGAGCUGAGUUGUGCCGAGGAUCGGAUCGGAUGAGAUGCAGUCAGGUGGGCCGGGGAAAUGUGAAUGGGAGAUAUGAGGGCAAACAACCGAAUGACAACAUACACGAGGCGGAAGAGACAACAUGCUAAACACGAAAUAACCAUAAACACACAGAAAUACGCGGCCAGCUGCAUACUUACAUAUAUAAACACUGCAAUUCAUUGCAUUCAAAUGACUGAUUAAUAUUUUUAAUAAACACCACAUGCGCCGCAACUCAAUAGCUAAAUGGAAAACAUGGGAUAAGUGUUCAUAGCGGGAUAUUCAUUUUUUUCCUCCUCAAUUAUCAUUGCGGGAUUUGUUGUCGCUUAUUUGUUUAUAAUUAAAUUACAGAAAAUAUGGGCAAAAAAAACGCAAAUGAAUACAAAGCGAGUGUCAGAGGGGGGCCCAAAACAAAUAUUGUAAUAAAUUAAUUAGCGCUAAAUAAAGAAAAUAGUUUAACCCAUAGUUCAGCUCAUGAAUGCAAAACAAACAACUGAAAAAAUGUGACGAGAGGCUAAAAAGCAGAAUUUUAAUUAAAUUUAUUUUGAAUGAAAUUGUUUUGAUUCCUGAGCUGCGAAAAGUGGAAAGAACUUUAACAGAUUAUUACGUUUAGACAAUUUCAAUCCAUUUUUGUUAUAAACGAGAUUUAUUUUUUGUUUUACAAAUAUAUACAUAAAAGUAAAGGGUAAAAAAUGUUUUACUCUGGCCCCCUAUGAGUAGCUACUAACUAUUAGGAUAGGCUAGAUAUAACGUUUGAAUUGUGAGCCAAAUCAAGCAACAACAAGAGCCGCAUACUUCCGCAUUGAAAUUGGACAGGGCAAACCGGAUGUAGCUGUAAUUAAUAAUUGUAAAAAAACAAACUCUAAGUGUAGUUAAAUUGUAGCAUAUUUGGUAUAUUUUGCAUUGGCAUGGUUCACAUUCUUUAUUGUACAUAAAA